AUGGCAAACACAUUCUCUGUCAAGUCCCUGGUCGUAGCCCUCCUCGCUAGUCACAUCUCAUCCUGCGACGCCGCCGUGAUAUCAGUAAGAUCCGAUGUGCCUGCCGGAUAUGUCGCCGCGCCCUACUACCCGGCGCCGUACGGCGGCUGGGCCUCGGACUGGGCAGACAGUUAUAAGAGGGCGAAAGCUGUGGUUGAUAAGAUGACGUUGGCUGAAAAGACCAACAUCACGUCCGGAACCGGCAUCUUCAUGGGUGAGUCUUGGUGGAGUGAUGUCGUGGAAUUCGUAACUGACAUGCACAGGCUAUGCCUCGCGGACUCGGCAACCGGUCUCCGUCAAGCCGACAACGUGACGGUGUUCCCGUCCGGCAUCACGACCGGUGCCACCUUUGACAAGGACCUGAUGUACGCUCGCGGUGUUGCCAUUGGCAAGGAAUUCCGAGGCAAAGGCGCCAACGUUUACCUAGGACCAGCCCCCCGUGGUGGCCGAAAUUGGGAGGGCUUCGGGGCCGAUCCUGCGCUGCAGGGCAAGGCUGCUGCUCUGACGAUCAAGGGCGUCCAGGAGCAGGGCGUCAUCGCCACGAUCAAGCACCUCAUCGGCAACGAGCAGGAGAUGUAUCGCAUGUAUAACCCUCUACAGCAGGGUUAUAGCUCCAACAUUGAUGACCGAACACUCCAUGAACUCUACCUGUGGCCCUUUGCAGAUGGCGUACACGCAGGUGUCAACGGCUCGGCAUGCAGCCAGAACAGCUAUCUCAUCAAUGGCAUUCUGAAAGACGAGCUCGGCUUCCAAGGCUUCGUCAUGAGCGACUGGCUUUCCCACAUGUCCGGCGUAGGCAGCGCCCUCGCGGGCCUGGACUUCAACGCCCCCGGCGACCAGCAAGUUCCCCUGACGGGCUACAGCUACUGGAUGUACGAUCUCACCAGGGCGGUGCUGAACGGAUCCGUCCCCGUGGAUCGCAUCAACGACAUGGCCACCAGAGUACUGGCGAGCUGGUACCAGAUGGGCCAGGACUCGGGCUUCCCCGCGCUCAACUUCGCCACGGGUACCCGCAACAGGGUGGGAGAUCUCUACCCGGGAGCCAUCCCCUUCUCCCCCAGCGGCGUCAUCAACGAGAUGGUCCAGGUGCAGGCGGACCACUACCUCGUCGCCAGGCAGGUCGCGCAGGAGGCCAUCACCCUGCUCAAGAACAACGGCAGCCUUCUGCCUAUUGCCACGUCGGCUUCGAUCAAGGUCUUUGGCACCGAUGCCAUCACGAACCCAGACGGCCCCAACGCUUGUGCCGAUCGAUCCUGCAACAAGGGCCUGCUCGGCAUCGGCUGGGGCUCGGGGACGGUUGACUACGUCUACCUCGACGAUCCCAUCACCGCGUUCAAGAAGAGAGCCAGCAACGUGACGUUCUAUAACACCGACUCCUUUCCUUCCGUGCCGGCUCCAACAGCAGACGAUGUUGCUUUCGUUUUCAUCACCUCGGACUCUGGGGAGAAUCAGUAUGUCGUAGAGGGUAACAACGGCGACCGCAGCUCGUCUGGUCUCGACGCCUGGCACAACGGCAACAAGUUGGUCCAGGACGCUGCCGCAAAGUAUUCAAACGUCGUGGUCGUCAUACACUCUGUCGGACCAAUCGUCGUCGACUCAUGGAUCGAUCUUCCCAGCGUCAAGUCCGUCCUGGUUGCCCACCUCCCCGGCCAGGAGGCAGGUGAGUCCCUCGCCAACAUCGUCUUUGGCGCGGCCUCCCCCUCAGGCCACCUCCCCUACAGCAUGACCAAGAAGGAAUCCGACCUCCCAGACUCCGUGACCCAGCUCGUCGGCGGCUCCCUCGGCCAGCCCCAGGACACCUAUUCCGAGGGCCUGUACAUCGACUACCGCUACCUCAACAAGAACGGUAUCAAGCCGCGCUUCGCCUUUGGUCACGGGCUGAGCUAUACCGCCUUCUCCUAUACCGGCGCGACCAUCAGCUCCGCGACGGCGCUCACCGCGUCCCCGCCGACCCGCCCCGCGAAGCAAGGGAUCCUAACGUACACCGCGCCAAUCCCCGACUGGACCGAGGGCGUCGCGCCGUCCGGCUUCAACAAGAUCUUCCGGUAUAUCUACUCCUGGUGCACCGAGUCCGAGGCCAAGGACGCCGUCGCCGCCUCCAAGACGGAGACGUAUCCCUACCCGGAGGGGUACAGCACCGUGCAGAAACCGGGCCCUCCAGCCGGCGGCGCGCAGGGCGGCAACCCCGCUCUCUUUGACGUUGUCUUUUCCGUGUCGGUGAAAGUGACCAACACGGGCAGUAAGUACUCGGGUAAAGCGUCAGCGCAGGCGUACGUGCAGUUCCCCGGCGGCGGGCCCGAGACGCCGGUGAUCCAGCUGCGCGACUUUGUCAAGACGAAGAGCCUGGCGCCGGGGGAGAGUGCUACCGUGACGCUGCAGCUGACGAGGCGGGAUUUGAGCGUGUGGGAUGUGGUCAGCCAGAACUGGGUUGUGCCGAAUCCUACCGGGCGGUAUAAGAUCUGGAUCGGGGAGGCGAGUGACAAGUUGUUCUUGGCUUGUUAUACGGAUACCAAGACGUGUGAGGCUGGACUGGCUAGCCCUGUUUGA